UCAUAUAAAAGGGCUAGUCCCACCUCCAGUAGUCAGUUCUUUACUUUCUCCCAAGAUGAAGUACAUUCUCGUAGUGGCUCUGAUGGUCCUGGCUGUCCAGCUGGUAACUGCAACCUCCAGUAACAGCACCUCGUCCAACGCCACCACCACAACCACCACGACCACGGAUGCCACCACCACGACCACCACCGACGCCACAACGACCACUGAGAAGACCCACCACCGCAAGAAGCUCUGCUGGAGGGGCAACGACUGGUGCGGCACCUACACUCCAAAGAGGAGGAGGAGGCACAGGAGCCGGAGCAGGAGCAGCAAGUGCACGGAUGGCAGGUGCCGCAGGGUGGUUGUCCGGGUGACCCGCAGAAGGCACUCUGGCUAAGGUGCCGGAAUAUAAGUUUCAAAUAAAAUAUACAAGCACAAA